ACAACAAUCGUGCCUUUCAGCAUUACACUACUGUGCCAACACCAUGUCGAAAACCAUCGAUAUCUUGAAGAUUGAUGCAGCAUCCGCAGAACACCUAGAGGAUACGAAACAUGCAUUAGACUGGCAGCGGAACAUCGAAGCAACGAUUCGGAACCCUCUCGCCCAUCUCACCAAGGAACUACUCCAACGUCAAGCGGACCUGUUCUGCACGACAUAUGAGUUCCAGGAUGAGUCCGAGAUUUUUCGCAAAGCAGCGCUUCUUGCCCAACGACCGGAAGAAUUCGAGGAUAUCGAGGAGCUUACUGAAGAUGACAAGAAAUACCUCCGGAUGGAACAGACGCAUCGAUGGAAUUUGCCCUGGACUCUGUAUCUUUGUAUCGGCAUCGUCUCUCUGGGUUCCGCUAUCCAAGGCUGGGAUAACACAGGCGCAAAUGGAGCGAAUCUCAGCUUUCCCGAAGAGUUCGGCAUUGCUCAUAACGGUUGGCUCGUCGGUGCUAUCAAUGCUAGCCCUACCAUGUUUGGCUUGCUAAGCGCAUGGGCGGCAGAUCCCAUUAACAAUCUGCUCGGCCGUCGCGGAACCAUCUUCCUGACCAACAUAUUCGUUGUCUUUCCUGUACUAGCUCAGGCGUUCACUCAUAGCUGGUGGGAACUGAUGCUCUGCCGCCUGUUCAUGGGUAUCGGAAUGGGCAUCAAGAUCUCUACCAUCCCAAUCUACACUGCUGAAGUGGCACCGACAAACAUCAGAGGUGGACUGGUCACAAGCUUCCAGCUUUGGGUCGCUUUCGGGAUUCUCGUGGGCUUCUCCGUGAAUCUGAUGUUCAAAGAUGUCGGAAAGAAUGCAUGGAGAUUUCAGCUAGCAGCAGCUUUCGUGCCUGCUGUGCCUUUGCUCUUCCUGAUCUGGCUUUGCCCUGAAUCGCCUCGUUGGUAUCUGAAAAAGAAUCAAUACCGCAAAGCCUUUGCAUCCUUCUGCCGCAUCCGGAACACACAGCUGAUCGCUGCUCGUGAGCUCUACUUUGCGCAUGCUCAACUUGUGCAAGAGCGCCUUGCUUUUGAGGGUACAUCGCUGGCUCGCCGCGCUCUGGAACUUUUCACAGUACCACGUCUUCGCCGAGCUACCGCUGCAUCUGCUUGGAUCGUGAUAUCCCAACAAUUCUCAGGAAUCAAUGUGAUGGCCUUCUACUCAUCGACAGUCUUUGCCGAGGCCGGAUACUCGGUGACAAAUUCACUGCUGGCUUCCUGGGGAUUUGGACUAGUGACUCUGAUCUUCGCUCUGCCUGCUGUGUACAACAUGGACACGUUUGGGAGACGCAACAUGCUCCUGUCUACAUUCCCCAAUAUGGCUUGGUGCCUGCUCGCUGCCGGAUUAUGUUUCCUCCUUAACGACUCCAAUUCCGCACGCAUCCCGCUGAUCGCCCUCUUCAUCUACCUCUUCGCUGCUUUUUACGGAGUCGGGAUUGGUCCAAUCCCGUCAAUAUACUUCAGCGAGGCCUUUCCGCUAUCACAUCGCGAGAUCGGUGGGGCAUUCACCAUCUGCGUCAACAACUCGGUCAGCAGCGCACUGAGUUUGACUUUCCCCUCACUCCUGAACAAAAUUGGCGCCACGGGGGCGUUCGGUCUCUAUGCGGGCCUAAACAUAUUGGCCUUUGUUGUCAUCUUCUUCAUCGUGCCUGAGACUAAACAGCUCUCCCUCGAGCAGCUUGAUUAUGUCUUUGGCGUCCCCACCACCAAGCACGCCAGCUAUCAGUCUCGAGUGUGGUUGCCGUGGUUUGUCAGACGUUGGAUCUUGUGGAGACGGAACGAGAAGCUGGUGCCUUUGUAUCAAAUUGCACGCUUGUGA